GUCACACUUAAGCUCACAGCCAAUGGAAGCAUUAUUCAAUCAUCAAAUUCGGAAGAAUUUUCGUAGCAAAUGACGUUGACAAAAAAUUUUCAAGAAUCACGUACAAAACAACCCGAAAUCAUGGCCGAACAACAACCGGAGGUGAAGAAGCACAUCAAACAGCUGGAGAACGAGAACAACAAGCUGCGGAAGCUGCUGAAGACGGCGCUGGAGGUGGCGAACAAAGACUCGGCGAGCUUCAUGCGAUUGAAGCUCGAGUCCGAGGUGCUCGAGAGCGAGAUCAGCAACCUGGAGAAGGAGAAGCAGCAAUUGGAGGAUACGAUGGCGAGCAUCAAAACGGAGGGCGCGCACCCGCACAAAUUGCAGCAGAUCAUCUACAGUUUGGAGAAGGAGCACGUGGAUUUGCGGUGCAGACUCGAGCAGGUCUUGACCGAAAUUCGCAAAGGCUAUUUGGAAAUCGAUCAAUUGAAAUCCGAAGACGCCGAGUUGAAGAAAACCAUACUAAAGUUAGAAAACGACAAGAAAAAUUUGCUGGCCAAGUUCAAUUUAGAUCCUAGUUCAGAGGUUAAAGGAGAUUUGGUCGGUUCUUACGCAGCAAUCGAAACGAAAGAAGAAUCCAUUAAGAGGCAACCUAAAUUCAUCAAACCAGUCGGCGGUCCCAUCAGCAUAGCCGACAUCAUCAAAGAUCGUUUGUACAUGGAACUCCAAGAAACCAUAGCCAAAUCGAGCGAGGAAAUCAACCAAAUGAAAGGAUCGAUUUCAUCCGAUCCGGACAUAUCCAAGCUCAUCAAAGACAUCGAAAUCCAAAAAGAAAUCCUCCUCAACAAUCUCAAGCUGCUCAAGAUAAAGGAAGCGAACGAUACCAACCCGGACGAGCCAGCUUCUUCAGACAACAGCCUACCACCCGCUUCAAAAUCUUCUAAAUCGUCCGAAAUCGAAACGGCCACCAUCGACUUCGCCCUCUCCGACGAGGAAGACGCCUCGGAAUUCGCGCGUCUAUCCAAAGAGAAAUUGAACCUCAACCGGGUCGUCUCUCAAUUGGAAAGCGAGCGCGCCAUCCUGGUCCAACGCCUGCAAUCCCUGUCCGAACCCUCCGCCUCCGGGCCGCACGAUACCUUCGUGCGCGAAGCGUCCUCGGAGCGCAUCGUCAAGAAGUACGACGACGCCACCAACCAGCUCUACGACAACGACGAGCAGCGGCUCGAGCAGAGGAUCCGCGAACUGGAGGCGGAGAACAACCGCAUCAUCGGCGAAUUGGAGGCGCUGAUGGGCCAGAUCAGCGAGGAGACGGCCAGAUCGCCGCCGAAGGUCACCUGCAGGCUGAAGGAGCAGAUCAACAAUAUGGAGAAGCUGGAGCUGCCUUAGUUUCUGCUCAUAUGUAUAUACGUGAAGAACCGUUAAUGGAAAUAAAGGCAAUUUGAG